AUGAAUGCACUUAUGAAGAAGUUUGAAGGCCAUAACUUCAUCAUCCUUGGGUUUCCUUGCAAUCAGUUUGGACUACAGGCACCUGAGGAAAACCAUGAAACCCUAAAUGUUUUGAGGUGUGUGAGACCAGGAGGAGGUUACACACCACAGUUUCCCAUCUUCAGUAAGAUUGAGGUGAAUGGCGAUAAUGAGAGUCCUCUGUAUGUCUUUCUAAAGGAAUCUCUUCCAUUUGUAAACCCUGUCAUCGGAGACAUCAAGAAACUUUACUGGUCUCCCAUUAAAGUCAAUGACAUUCGAUGGAACUUUGAGAAGUUCCUCAUCAAUGCAGACGGAGUUCCUUACAAACGGUAUGACCUUCAUUGUCCCUUUGAAGAAGUGGAGCAAGAUAUUGCAAUACUCCUGCAAAGAAACCGCACAUCAUAACACAUAACACAAGUAUCUGAUUCAUCUUGCAAUCACACAGAUGUGGCUUCAACGCCAUCAAAGUAGCAGCUGUUUGUCUGGAUCAAAAUAUGACUGGGGCACUUUCUUGAUUUAGGAUUCAUCCCCGUGUUAUA